UCAACAUCUUUGCUCAUCAAACUUUGUCUAUAUUUUCUUUCUCUUUCUCAGUAGCCAUGCAAGUCUCUCAUCAAUAUUUCACCGCCACACCUUCUAAUUAUAAUCUCACAAACUCCAUAGAAAUUCACAAACCCAUUACGUGCAAAAUCCUUAUAAAUCCUUCCAAGAAAACCCUUCACCGGAAAACCAAGAAACUUCAUCCACGGCGAAAAAAAUUCACCAAACCGGUGCCAAAACCUGACCCAGAAUUCAACCCGAAAGAUGACCCAUCUCGUCUGAACCCGUGUCAAACUCUUGCUGCCUCUUUGCUUGACGCAAUUGAGGCUUCGAUAAUAGUUCCAUUCGAGAAGAAUCGCAAACUGAGGAAAACGGUCGACCCGGUGGUUCAAAUGUCGGGUAAUUUCGCUCCGGUUCGUGAAUGCCCCGUUGAGCAUGGGCUUGAAGUGGCGGGUCAAAUACCCGACUGUCUACACGGCGUUUACGUCAGAAAUGGAGGCAAUCCUAUGUUCGCUCCCUCCGGUGGUUACCAUUUGUUCGAUGGCGACGGUAUGAUUCACUCCGUUAAGCUGGGCCCACUUAACCGAGCCAGUUAUUGUUGUAGGUACACGCGCACGAGCCGGCUCGUGCAAGAGGCUAAGCUGGGGAGGCCGGUUUUUCCCAAGCCGAUUGGUGAAUUACAUGGUCAUUCCGGACUGGCUCGGCUAGCUCUGUUUUUCGCUCGAGCCUCGAUCGGCUUGCUCGACGGCAGGCGAGGUAUCGGCGUGGCUAACGCCGGGCUUGUAUACUUCAACGGUCGGUUAUUAGCCAUGUCAGAGGAUGAUCUUCCAUACCAUGUGCUGAUCAAGGGUGAUGGUGAUCUUUCAACAAUCGGACGGUUCAAUUUUGAUGAUCAGCUUCAUUGUUCCAUGAUCGCUCACCCUAAGGUGGACCCCAUCACGGCUGAACUACACACUCUGAGCUACGACGUCGUAAAGAGACCGUACCUUAAGUAUUUCAAAUUCGACAAGUACGGAAAGAAGUCACGUGACGUGGAAAUUACACUUGACCAGCCUACGAUGAUACAUGACUUUGCUAUAACUAAGGACCACGUUGUAAUUCCGGACCACCAAGUGGUAUUCAAGUUAUCAGAAAUUAUUCGGGGCGGGUCGCCCGUAAUCUACGAUCGGAGCAAGACUUCGAGGUUCGGGAUUUUGUCGAAAACCGACGUUGAUGAAUCGGGAAUUCGAUGGAUCCACGUGCCGAAUUGUUUUUGUUUUCAUUUGUGGAAUGCAUGGGAGGAAAAUGAUGAAAAUGGUGAUAAUAUCAUUGUUGUACUCGGGUCAUGCAUGGAUCCACCGGACUCGAUUUUCAACGAACACAAAAACGACCCGAUUCGAAGCGAACUAUGUGAGAUCCGGAUGAAUAUGAAUACCCGAGAAUCAACCCGUCGGGUCAUAGUACCGGAUUUGAAUUUGGAAGCGGGUCAAGUGAACAGGCAAAUGGUAGGAAGGAAGACCCGGCAUGUGUACUUAGCCAUAGCCGAGCCAUGGCCAAAGUGUUCAGGCAUUGCUAAGGUGGAUUUAGAAACCGAAAAAGUCACCAAAUUCUUAUAUGGUUCUGGGAGGUUCGGUGGUGAACCGUUUUACGUGCCGGAAAAUGAGAAUAUUAAUGAUGAUGAUGGUGGGUAUAUAGUAGGUUUUGUGAGGGAUGAGGUUGAGCAAAGUUCAGAGCUGGCGAUAAUAAAAGCUUCAAACAUGAAGAAAGUGGGUUCAGUGAAGUUGCCUUCUAGGGUUCCUUAUGGAUUCCACGGUACAUUUGUUAGUGCACAAGCAUUGAAAGAACAAGCGUUGUCCUAAUUAAUUAUUAGUUUUUUAUGGUUUAGGAAUGUGUGUGAAUAUAUAACCAAUAUAUACAAAGUAAUAUAUUCUAUAAAUGUUUUCAGUUAAGUGAUUUGUGUGAUAAGAGAGAUUCUAUUUAUUGUAUACUUUAUGUAUAACCAAUACAAAAUCUUUGCUACGAAUAAAAAGUUUCCAGUAAUUAUUAUCUA